AUGAAUCGGAGUUUUAAUAAAUCUCAGAGUCUGCGGUUUUUCGAUUGCAACGCAGUGGAAGUCAAGAGUAAGUUUGGGGCCGAGUUUCGAAGAUUUUCUUUGGACCGUUAUAAGCCUGGAAAGUUUGAAGACUUCUACAAGCUCAUUCUUCAUAUCCAUCACAUCUCAAACAUGGACGUGAUGAUUGGGUAUGCCGAUGUGCACGGUGACCUGCUGCCCAUCAAUAAUGAUGACAACUUCUUCAAGGCUGUCUCGAGUGCAAAUCCACUGCUCAGAGUCUUCAUUCAAAGACAAGAAGAAGUAGACUACUGUAACUUUGGGACCAGCACAUUAACCAGGAAGAAGAAGGUCCUGGUCACCCUUCGUAACGAUAACCUCCGCCGGCGUCCUCACCUCAACAUCAGCAUGCCCCACGACUUCCGGCCGGUGUCUUCCAUCAUCGAUGUGGACAUCCUUCCUGAAACCCACAGGAGAGUCCGGCUGUAUCGACACGGCUGCGAGAAACCGCUUGGCUUCUAUAUUCGUGAUGGGACCAGUGUGCGGGUGACGCCCCACGGGCUGGAGAAAGUUCCGGGCAUCUUCAUUUCCCGCAUGGUCCCUGGCGGCCUCGCCGAGAGCACCGGGCUGCUGGCUGUAAACGAUGAAGUCUUAGAAGUGAACGGGAUUGAAGUGGCCGGCAAGACCCUUGACCAGGUCACAGAUAUGAUGAUCGCCAACAGCCAUAAUCUCAUUAUCACCGUUAAACCAGCCAACCAAAGGAACAAUAUUAUCCGUAGCAGCCGGAUGUCUGGUAGCUCAGGUCAGUCAACAGACAGUACAGCCAGUCACCAUAGCUUGCCUUCCUCUCACGUCCUACAGAACUUCCACCCUGAUGAAAUGGAGAGUGACGAAGAGACCGACAUCGUCAUCGAAGGAGCCCUGGAGCCCCAGCAUAUUUCCAAAACACCAAGUUUGCCUUCUGGUAGCCUCUCACGGGUCAAUGGCACCAACUUUAGCCAUAGACUACCGCGGGAUCUUACACUUAACAACUCCAGUCGAGAAAACAAAGACGCUAUCAACAAACUACUCAGUACCAUAAAAUCAGAUCCACGGCAGAGUCUGGUCAUUCCUCGGGGAGGAAUUGAGGAGGACGGAACAGUGAUCACACUUUAGUGUUCCGUUGUGUUCUCGAUUGUGUGUGUCAUCUGAAAGGACAGAAAUGACUAGAACCACACACACACCCAGGACAAAGGACCUAUAUUUUACAAACUUCACAGGUGGAAGGAAAAAGAACUUUAAGAGAAUGAUCUCAUUGAUUAUAUGCAUAAUGGUCACAUACAAGAACACUGAGGGAGAAAUAACACAGAAAACAGCUAUUCCCAUUUAAAAAUAAGGAGAAAGCCAAUUGUAUAUUUUCUUUUUUGUCUUUAUUCCAUUUCCUUUUCCAGUUUUGCACGGUUCUUUCAAAGGUAUAGGUUGGAAAAUAGAAGUGUUCUGUAAUUAUAAUGACUUUGCAAAUGCAUAUAAAUUAUAUUUAUAUUAAUACUUAUAUGUAAAAACCAGCCCAUUUGCAAAUCAAGUUUUAUCAUGUCCAAAUGGCAAUAAAAGCCUUAUCUAGAACUUUUAAAAUAUGAAGUUGUGUUAUUGAAUUAUCUUUGAAAUGAAGUUGUUGAAUUAGAAAAGAAAGAGAUUUAAAAUAUGUACAACUUCUCAAAUUAAAUAAGGAUAUCGUUUACCAGCAGCCAAAGAUGGCCACUACACAUGGGCA